UGUAUUCCUUUGCCAAGGAACCAUUUCAAAUAGUUCUGCGAAAAACCUUGGAGAAAGCCGAGUCUCGGUUUUCCUUGAUCUUCAGAGACGCCGGUUGUGGCUUGGCCUUUGAAAGACGGCGGCAAUGGAGAACCACUCUCCUAAGCACCCAGACCAACCAUGGCGUGCCCUUGAGUUCUACAGCGGCAUCGGAGGAAUGAGGUACUCACUGACUAGGGCGGGAGUGAAUGCUGAAAUUGUGGAAGCCUUCGACAUUAAUGACAAGGCAAACGAUGUGUAUGAAUAUAACUUUGGUCACCGUCCCCAUCAGGGUAAUAUUCAGAGCUUGACUGCUACUGAUCUGGACAGUUAUAGAGCUCAUGCAUGGCUUCUUUCUCCUCCUUGCCAGCCAUACACUCGACAAGGUCUCCAGAAACAAUCCAAUGAUCCUCGUGCAUUUUCAUUUCUCAAUAUUCUUGAAUUGAUUCGAGACACUUCACAUCCUCCAACCAUGUUAUUUGUAGAGAAUGUUGUUGGGUUUGAGACGUCUGAUACACAUGCGAGAAUGAUAGAGAUAUUGGUAAAGGCUGAUUUUGUCACACAAGAGUUUAUAUUGACCCCUUUACAAUUUGGUGUGCCUUAUUCCAGGCCACGCUAUUUUUGUCUGGCAAAGAGGAAACCGUUAUCAUUUCAAAUCCCACAUUUUGAUAAUCAACUUCUUCAAUCUCCGAGCCCACUGUUUGGGCAUGCUGAUGAAGUAGCUUUGUGCGAACUUGAUCAAACACAAGAGAGCAUGGAUAAGUUGAUCCAAUCUUGUAAGCCAAUAGAAAGCUUCCUUGAGUUCAAGAAUACUACCCAGCAACCUGUAUCCAGUUCUUUGGAAAGUACUAAUGCAAAGGAUGAUUUUGGAGCUCCAGAAACAGAUGAUAAAGGAGAUGGCCAUGAUAUUAGCUCCUUAGAACAGUAUUUUGUCCCUUUAAAUUUGAUAGAGAGGUGGGGAAGUGCUAUGGAUAUUGUCUAUCCUGAUUCACAGCGCUGUUGUUGCUUUACAAAAAGUUAUUACCGAUAUGUGAAGGGUACUGGCUCCCUUUUAGCAACUGUCCUGCCUGAGAAAAAGGGUAAAUCAUCUCCGUUGAAGGAACAAGGUCUAAGAUAUUUUACCCCUAGGGAGGUUGCUAAUUUGCAUUCUUUUCCUGAAGAUUUCGACUUUCCACAACACAUAAGCCUUAGACAACGUUAUGCAUUGCUUGGGAACGGUUUAAGCAUAGCAGUGGUUUCUCCUCUACUGCAAUAUUUAUUUGCUGAAUCGUCAUGAUUAUUGGUUGCAUGUUUGUGAGGGCAUUUCAUCAAGGCAUACCUGUUAUGUUUUUUGUAUUUUAUCUAGAAGAAAGACUCACAAGAAGCAGGGUAGCUCUUACUGGGCUUAAACUGAGUCUCAGCUUCUCUACCUCGGCACGACUCUACUCUCUAUCGAAAUCAAAGAACCAAACUUAUACCCGAGGUCGAUUUUGGAUGGAGUCAUUCAGGUUGCAAGGCAUGGCCACAUGACUCCCAAGUGGUAAAUUGUGGAACAGAGACGUACUUGAGAUGUUUUGUGGGAGACAAACUCAAACAAUGAGCUCAUGGGCAAAGUAUUGGCAUAACACACCCACAUGACUCCAUUUUCAGCCCUCUACCAUCGAGACCACAUGACUUUAUAUCAAAUUCUAGCCCAAUAUGUCCUUGACAAAGGCAAGAAGAACCCAUUGAUGUCUCAAUUCAUAUAAACUAUUUAAUCAUGCAUUGUCUUGAAAAUCCAAAUCAUUGAUGAAUAUACUCCAUGCUCUUUUUAAUUUUUUCUUCGUGUAAGAAUUAUAAACACUAUUUUUAAUUUUCUUAAUUGGUUUGUAGGAUUGAUAGCCACUUA